CUUGAGCCUAACAAACAAAUCUGUCACCGAGCAUGUUGCCUGUAUAGGUCUGUCUUUUUACUGGAUCUGUAACUCUUUACUACCUACUAACCCUUCUUAUUUAGCAUGGGGAUGUGGUGAAGGGUUUAAGAAACGCAUCUAACAUGCUUUUAGGCGUGAUUUUGCUGGUUUGUGGUGUUGGACAGGGAUUAAGUUAUGGGGCACCGCUUCACAGCCAGUUUCCACUGGGUACCGUGGGUUGUCUGUUUAUGGAACACCUAUGUCAAGUAGAAGAAGAAUGUGUAGAUGAUUUACUCUUUGGAAACUGCCAGCGAGUGGACCGGAUCCAACGUAAGCCCUUCCAGUACCAGCUCAGCCAGAAGUCCAUCGGAUCUCUUCGGGACCAGAUAUACAGCCUCAUAAAGGGAGGCUACUCCUGGCACGACCAACUCGCCCAGUGUAUAAUACAAAAUGCUCUAUACGCCUUCAGGAAACAUAAAACAUUUCACCCUAGUAAAUGUCAAAAAGACGAGGCUUCAUGGACGGAACAGCAAGAUUAUGAUGUAAAGUCAGAAAUUUCCGCUGCCUUGGAAAAAUUAUUUCAGGAUUAUUAUAAUGCUUAUGAACCACAGGGGGACAGCUUAUUACUAAGUAAAAAUGCGGACAAGCGGGAUGAAAUCAUUAAAGUACAUAAAUAUUUUGACAAGGAUCCACAACCAUAUCUUAAAAGGGAAUUUUCUAAUGAAGAUAGGGAAAAUUAUUUAAACUACCUCUCAGGAACUGGAGAACUGGAACCAUCUAUUUAUGAGGCAGACAAGAGAGAUAGCUAUGGCCUCAGUCCGGAGGAUAUUCAGCAGUUGCAAUAUUAUCUGCAACAAUUACGUGCUGAUGCCCAGGAUUUCCCAGACAACCAAGUUUAUUCAGAUUUGAACCAGGCCGUUCCUAAUGACGGUGAUGCCCAGGUGUCAGGAUAUUACCAAGAUGCUCUGCCUGUUGAUAAUGAAGUGUAUUCGGCUGACCAAUACAACAGUGAGACUCCACAGGACUGGGAAGAAUCACAGCCCACCUGGGAUCAAACGGGAUCGGAAACAAAGGGAGACAACCCUUACGAAUGGUCAUCAACAGAUAAGACACCGGCAGCUGUAAAUGAUGAGCCAGCAUUGAUGACAGAAUCUGAUCCAGAUAUUGGUCUGCCUGACAAAUAUGCUGACCUUCUAUCAAAGCUGAUGAUGGGUCAAAUUCGCCCAGAGAACCUGACAGAUGAUGAACUUAACUACCUGACAGAAUAUGUGAAUCUCCGGCUUACACAGUUGGGAUACAGCCCAGAUCAAAUCAAGAAGAUAGGCACAGGGAAAGAUCCAACAGGAGCUGUAGAGUCAGCAAUACCACAAGAUCUGCCUGAAACGGAAUUCUCCAAAGAAAAUCUCAAUGAAAACUCAGAACAAGAUGCAGAGAAAAUAAUGGCUGCCAUGGAGUCAGAAAUGGGGGUUGUCCCAAGUGGGGACAAGGGAGUGCUUGGAGUACCUGUGGUGGGCUCUCUGAUGACUGAAGACAAGAAGAGUGUGGACGAACCGAAACCCGUCACUGAGCCUGCCCCACAGAAGUCUGCCGAGGACCCAAACGUGGAGGAUAUUGUCAACACUGACUACGCCUUUGUUGAAUUCACCCAGCACCUUGACAGGGACACGGCCAGUGGCUUUCUGUCUGCUCUGGAACACAUGCUCAACAGCCCAGUACCAUUUGACCCUGCAGAGGACUAUGAGAAUCGGGUGACAUUUUAUGUCAAUGAAAAACUGACUCACAUGAAUGCUUCCACCGUAGCGCAACUUGUUGAGGAGCGGAAGUCGGACUUGGAGACUCUGACAGGUGUGAAGAUUGUUCGGGCAGGAAUUGGAUACAGGAACCAGGUUGAAGUGAAGCCACCAGAUGACCGGUACUUCGUGUUGACCUUCGUCCUGUGCGGAUGUAUUGCUGGUAUAUUAUUGGCUGUCGUGGUCAUCUAUCUUAUCCGACGCUACAGCAAGUCCAAGGAGAAACUCGCCCAGCUGUCUGCCAAUGGGGACAAUACGGAGGCAUCAAAGGACUACCAGGAUCUGUGUCGCCAGCGAAUGCAAGGCAAGUCGUCGGAGAAACCAGAGCCUCUCCAUGCCGCCUCACGUAUCGGAAGUGUGUCCGAAUCUCAAGUCCGGAGCCCAUCUAGUAGAAGCAGCACAUCAUCAUGGAGUGAGGAACCGGUCAGUUCCAACAUGGACAUUUCCACAGGACACAUUGUGCUGUCCUACAUGGAGGAUCACCUGAAGAACAAUGACCGUUUGGACCGAGAGUGGGAGGGACUAGGAGCCUACGAAGCUGACCCCAACAGUACCAAGGUCGCCAGUGAUCCAUCCAACCUCCGCAAGAAUCGUUACAGCGAUGUCCUCCCCUAUGACCAUUCCCGUGUGAUUCUGUCCAACACUAGUAACGUGUCCGGCUCAGACUACAUCAAUGCCAGCAGCAUCACGGACCAUGACCCUCGGAACCCUGCCUACAUUGCCACCCAGGGACCCCUGCCCCAUACGAUUGCCGACUUCUGGCAGAUGGUCUGGGAACAAGGAAGUGUGGUCAUUGUCAUGUUGUCAAAGAUGACAGAAAACGGAGAGUCGAUGUGUCAUCGGUACUGGCCAGAGGAAGGCAGUGACCUCUACCACAUAUAUGAGGUACAUCUGGUCUCUGAGCACAUCUGGUGCGAUGACUACCUUGUUCGAAGCUUCUACCUGAAGAACCUGCAAACUAACGAAACUCGUACUGUGACGAUGUUCCACUACCUGACCUGGCCUGACCUUGGAGUGCCAUCCUCCAUCAAGUCCCUGUUGGACUUCAGAAGGAAGGUGAACAAGUCUUAUCGUGGGCGCUCCUGCCCUAUUGUUGUACACUGCAGUGAUGGGUGUGGACGUACUGGAACCUACUGCCUAUUGGACAUGGUACUCAACAGGAUGGCCAAGGGCGCUAAGGAGAUUGACAUAGCUGCCUCAUUAGAGCACAUCCGCGACCAGAGGAUGUGCACCGUCAAAACAAAAGAACAGUUCCAGUUUGCUCUAGCUGCCGUUGCAGAGGAAGUUCAUGCCAUCUUAAAAGCACUGCCGCAGUGAAUGCAUUCCAGGCUGCUGUUUAGAUGGGGAAAAAAUACAUUUGAAUUCCUGUCAAUACUUUUGAGAGAAGAACAAAGUUGAAUUUUAUGAAAAAUUCUUAACACAUCUUAUGUUUUUAUGAAGGAACACUAUUUGAUCUGACAUGGACUAGGAAACACUAUUUGAUCUGACAUGGACUAUGUGCAAUCGUUUUCAGCGGUGUUGAUAACUGAUAUACGUCCCUGUUGUGUUGUGAUCAUCAUACAAAAUUCAAAACAGUGCAUGUUGAAACAUAAAACACUAUAUGGUUGUACAUGAUGUGAAUAUAUAAACAUUGUUGUCGGUCAGAUUAUUUUAUUUUUUGUCUUUAUGAUUUGUACGUAAGUCUGUAGUAAUGUUUUGGUUUUUUUUGGAGAUGUUACAAUUAGACCUCUAUUACUUUGAUCAUGAUAUUUCUCUUUUUGAUAAAGCCUUCACUUUCUCAAAGUUAUGAUAUUGACAGAUUACCAAAACAACUUGUUCCUGGUAGGAUUAUGGAGCAAAAUUUGAUUUAUCUUAUAACAUUUUUUACAGAGAAUAAAUCAUGUUUCUCUGCAGACAGAAAAAAGAAUUUGUCACAAAAUAUGUUUACAAAAUAAAAAGAAAGGAAAGAUUUUGAAUUACUACAGAAGAUGAAUUUAUUAUGAUAUUGUCUAUAUUAUGUAACCAAAUUCUUGAAUGUAAUAGUUCAACAAAAUUACAAGAUCCUUAACUGUAUUGAGGAGUUGUAAUUUUUCUAUUUAUAAUACCAUAUUUUUUAAUUUUGUAGAAAUUUGCAUUUUAAGUCAAAACAAAACGCUUUCAGGAUUUAUACAGCAUGUCAAAAAGUUGUCCUAUACCAAGUUUACUUGUUAUAUAGUUAUAUAUAUCAAUGUUUGUUAUCAGUUUUAAUGACAACUUCUGUUUAUCGUCAUUAUCAAUGCAAUUAACUUUCAUUAGAACAUAUUGACAUCAAAUUUAUCUUUCUAUAAAACUGUUAACAGAAUCAAAACGAGCAGCUAUGGCCGCUGAAUUAGAUUUAGAUUUUUAGAGCAAUUUAUUGAAAAGUUAUCAAAAAUAGGGUUUGAGUAAUUAUUUUUACAGAAAAAUUCUGUUAUAUUGCACUACCAUUUCUGCAGUUCUGUUACAAUUUUAACAAAGCAAGUUUACAAAAUAUUGCUAGAACAACUUUUUUCUCCUAGAAAUAUUUUGAAUUGCAUCAGAUCAAUAUUUGGGAAAGAAAACGGGCAAACUUUUGAUAUUAUAGCCAUAUCAUAUACAUUUAGCAUUUUUGAGGUAACAAAAGCUAUUACACAGUUGUUUUUCACAAAGUGUAGAGGGUCUAUGAUCAUUGAUUGUCGUCAUGGUAACAAAAACAGAAUGGUUACCAUGACAACAGCAGCUGUGAUCAUAGACACUUGCUGUGAUUUGCAAUAUGUGCCAAACGUUCAUUUGAUUAUGAAUGGGUCCGAGUUUUAGGGGAGUGCUUUAUUCUUCCUUAUUGUUUGUUCAUUUCUUAAUAAUAUAUUUUACUUUUUCUGAUGUCACAAAUUUCAUAUUCAGGACAUGAAUUAGUGAAAUGAAAAGUUUAAAAUUCGACUCAUCGAGUCAAAGAUUGAAUAUACAAUGGUCACAUCACAGUCCCACCUCAAAUGUGCAAUACUGGUACAAGUCAGUCACAGAAACUCAGUGUUUUUACUUGUUCUUAUAUUCACUUUCUAGUUGAAAUGAAGCUGUAUGUUUUAUCUUUAUCAACAAGACAGGACCUGUGUGCUGUCUAAUAUUUCUAGUACUGUAUCACUACAGCUAUUAAUACACUACGCAUUUGUCUCUGUUAAACUUUGAACAACAUUUUACAACUUUUAGAGAAAUCUUAUUAUAAUCAUUGAAUCUCCUGAUCUAUUUCCAAUAGGUCAUGUUGAAGAUGACAACAAACUGAGUCUCUAGUAAUGUUUUUCGAUAAAUUUAUGUCGACUUGUUAUAGCCAUAGAUAACAAUAAACUUAUUGUACAUGUUACAGAAGAAUUACUACUCAUUUUGGUGAUUUACAGUCUCGUAUAAUUUUGUUAUAAGUUUUGUUAUGUUUGAAUAAUUCUAUAUAUAAUCUUACUGUUUGAAUUGCUAAUGUUGCUGUUUUGAGAACUUGUCCUAUGUACUAACACAACAUAAUGUAAUGUUCAGUCUAUCUAAUGAAACUAUUGUCUGGAACAUGUGAGGAUAAAGGGAGAUUUUGUUGAUCAAAAGUGAUGAAUUUUUCAAAGACGUUUUUCCAAUGAUACACUGUUAUGAUAAGUGUACUUUGUAUCAUUUAACAAGACAUGUAUUCUGGACUCAUGAAGUAGUCUUAGACUUCGGCCAUGAAAGUAGACUUAGUCUUAGACUUCGGCCAUGAAAGUAGUCUUAGACUUAGACUUCGGCCAUGAAAGUAGUCUUAGACUGCGGCCAUGAAAGUAGACUUAGACUUCGGCCAUGAAAGUAGACUUAGUCUUAGGCUUCGGCCAUGAAAGUAGACUUAGUCUUAGACUUCGGCCAUGAAAUUAGUCUUAGACUUCGGCCAUGAAAGUAGACUUAGUCUUAGACUUCGGCCAUGAAAGUAGACUUAGUCUUAGACUUCGGCCCUGAAAGUAGUCUUAGACUUAGACUUCGGACAUGAAAGUAGUCUUAGACUUCGGCCAUGACAGUAGUCUUAGACUUCGGGCAUGAAAGUAGUCUUAGACUUCGGCCAUGAAAGUAGACUUAGUCUUAGGCUUCGGCCAUGAAAGUAGUCUUAGACUUCGUCCAUGAAAGUAGUCUUAGACUUCGGCCAUGAAAGAAGACUUAGACUUCGGCCAUGAAAGUAGACUUAGUCUUAGACUUCGGCCAUGAAAUUAGUCUUAGACUUAGACUUCGGCCAUGAAAGUAGACUAAGACUUAGACUUCGGCCAUGAAAGUAGUCUUAGUCUUCGGCCAUGAAAGUAGACUUAGACUUCGGCCAUGAUAGUAGUCUUAGACUUCAGCCAUGAAAGUAGUCUUAGGCUUCGGC